GGAGGAAGGGAGGAAGGGAGGGAAAGCAGAAAGAGGAGGAAAAUGGUGGUAGAGGGAAAAGGGUGAAAGAAGAGCAGGAUGAAGAAGGAAGCAGAAGAGGAGGAGGAAGAACAGGAGGAGAAGAAAGGCAGGAGAGGGAGAAGGAAAGAGGGGAGGGGGGAGGGGAAGGAGAGAGAAGGGAAGAGGAGGAGGUAGUGGAGGAGGAAGGAAGGGUAGGCAGGGUAGGCGUGAGCUGCAGGGCCAAGCAGAGGCGGAGAAAGAAAAAGAAGGCUGCCUGGGCGGCCCGGGACGGCGCUCUCUCUCUCUGGUUGGGCUGCAGCACUGGCAGGUCUCGGGCUCGCGCCCCGCGCGCACACGGCCUCUCCUGGCGGGGCCCCGGGAACGGGCGCGCGCGCUCUCUCCUGCAGCAGCGGCCUUAGGCAGGGCAGACUUUGACGUGGCACUCUGAGCCCGGGCGGCGGGCGGGCGGGCGAGCCGUGGGGCGGGCGGGCAGGCGGGGGUGUGCGCGCGGUAGCUGCAGCGGCCGAGGAGCAGAGCGGAGCUGAGCAGCCGCAGCCAGCCAGCCUUAGAAGAAACUUGGGAUCUGGAAUGAGAUAACUUUCACCAUGAGCCAACAAGGUUACGUUGCUGCUCCUCCAUACUCCCAAACCCAACCUGGAAUAGGGGCACUCUCCCCACCUCUUCGAGGACAUUAUGGUGACCCAUCACACCCAACCCCUCCAGCAGGCAUAAUGAAGCCAGCUGGGCCUUUGGGACCAACUGCACCUGUUGGGGUGUUACCUCCUGGACCCCCCAAUUCUGGGGCCCACCAGUUUGUUUCAGAAUGUGUUGGUUCUCCUUCCAGACAAGAGCUCUUAUAUUCCCAUAAAUCUUUAGCAGAGGGUCCUCCAUAUGAUCUGGAGACCUUCUCUGGAACUCUUGGUGUUGCAAAGAAGUCAUGGGGAUUCUUUUCUCUUUUCAGGUUUCCAGGCCCUCCAUCUGCCAGCGAUGCUGCCCCUCCCUACCCACCAUACUCUCAUAUGCCAUCAGCAACCUAUCCCAGUCCUGUGUCCUCAUCUGCCACCACCCAGUUAACCAAUCAACUCGGCAGCAUGCAAAUCCACAAUUAUGGUCCUGGCAUGGCUUCAGGGUCCCAGGGCAUCCCAGCCCCACCCUCAGCAGCCUCUUUCCAAGGGCACCCACAGCUUCCCCAGCCUGCCAUUCUCCAGCCAGGGCCCCGGAUGCCCCCACCUCCACCAAGCAUGCACAACGGCCUUGGAACUACCCCCUCGUUGCCACCAGCAAGCAGGCAGGAUGCACUCCCUGGGUCUGGCCCUCCCACUGCCAAUUUUUCAUCUCUGCCCCUGUCAGGACAACCUCCAGGCCCUGGAUAUCCUCCACAACCAGGGGCCAACUAUGGCCCUCCCCAGAUGCCUGGAGCUCAGCUCUCCUCCCCAGCUGGAUUUCCUGGUGGUCCUGCACAGAUGGCGGGGCCAAUGCAGCCUCCAAAGAAGCUUGAUCCCGACUCUAUCCCAAGCCCAAUUCAGGUGAUUGAGAAUGACAGAUCCACCAGAAGUGGUCAAGUCUAUACUACCAACCUGAGGGGUCAGGUUCCUCCUCUAGUAACCACGGACUGUGUGAUUCAAGAUCAAGGGAAUGCUAGUCCUCGUUAUAUCCGAUGUACAACAUACUGCUUCCCAGCCACUUCAGACAUGGCCAAGCAAUCUCAGCUACCAUUAGCUGCCAUCAUCAAGCCAUUUGCCACUGUUCCUCCGAAUGAGAUGCCUCUUUAUCUGGUAAAUCAUGGUGAGACAGGACCAGUUAGAUGCAACAGGUGCAAGGCCUACAUGUGCCCAUUUAUGCAGUUUAUUGAAGGAGGAAGGAAGUUUCAAUGCGGAUUUUGCAACUGUGUGAAUGAUGUUCCACCAUUCUAUUUCCAACAUCUGGACCACAUCGGCAGAAGACUAGACCACUAUGAGAAGCCAGAGCUCUCACUGGGAUCUUACGAAUAUGUUGCUACUUUGGAUUACUGCAGAAACAACAAGCCUCCCCACCCACCGGCCUACAUCUUCAUGAUCGAUGUUUCUUACAGUAAUGUGAAGAAUGGCCUGGUCAGGCUCAUCUGUGAAGAACUGAAGAUGGUCCUGGAAAAUCUUCCAAAGGAAGAGCAAGAAGAGGCUUCAGCCAUUCGAGUGGGAUUCGUCACCUAUAACAAAGUCCUUCACUUCUUUAAUGUCAAGAGUAACUUGGCCCAGCCUCAGAUGAUGGUGGUGACGGAUGUGGCCGAGGUCUUUGUUCCACUCUUGGAUGGCUUCCUGGUCAACUAUCAGGAAUCCAAGGCCGUCAUUCACAAUUUGUUGGACCAGAUUCCAGAGAUUUUUGCUGAUUCUAAUGAAAAUGAGACAGUCUUCGCUCCUGUUAUCCAGGCUGGCAUGGAAGCCCUAAAGGCAGCAGACUGUCCAGGGAAGUUGUACAUCUUCCACUCAUCGCUGCCCACGGCUGAGGCCCCGGGCAAACUGAAAAACCGAGAUGACAGGAAACUGAUCAACACAGACAAAGAAAAGACCCUCUUCCAGCCCCAGACAAACAUCUAUGAAACCCUGGCUAAGGACUGUGUGGCCGCUGGCUGCUGUGUGAACCUCUUCCUCUUCCCCAAUCAGUACGUGGAUGUGGCCUCAAUGGGCCUGGUGACCCAGCAGACAGGAGGCACGCUGUAUAAAUACAACAAUUUCCAGAGGCACUUGGACAGCCAGACAUUUUUGAACGACCUCAGGAACGACGUCCAGAAAAUGACUGGAUUCGAUGCUAUCAUGAGGGUCCGCACCAGCACAGGUUUCAGGGCCACCGACUUCUUUGGUGCUAUUUACAUGAACAAUACCACAGAUGUAGAGAUGGCAGCCAUGGACUGUGACAAAGCCGUGACAGUGGAGUUUAAGCAUGAUGACAAACUCAGUGAAGACAGUGGUGCCCUCAUUCAGUGUGCAGUACUUUACACAACCAUCAGUGGCCAGAGGAGACUAAGGAUUCACAACAUUGGCCUGAACUGCAGCAGCCAGUUAGCUGACCUUUAUAAGAGCUGCGAGACAGAUGCCCUCAUCAACUUCUUUGCCAAAUCAGCCUUCUCAGCGGUUCUCACACAGCCCCUGAAGACAGUCCGGGACAUCCUGGUGCAUCAGACUGCUCACAUGUUGGCGUGUUACCGCAAGAACUGUGCCAAUCCCUCAGCUGUGAGCCAGCUCAUCCUGCCCGAUGCCAUGAAGGUGUUCCCAGUGUAUAUGAACAGUCUGCUAAAAAACUGUGUGCUACUGAGCAGACCAGAGAUCUCGAUGGAUGAACGAGCAUACCAGCGGCAGCUGGUCAUGGCGAUGUCUGUGGCAGACACUCAGCUCUUUUUCUACCCACAGCUUAUACCAAUACACACCAUGGAUAUCAAGAGUGAAAUUCUCCCAGCUGCUAUUCGCUGCUCUGAGGAACGUCUUUCUGAAGGAGGAGUCUUCUUACUGGCUAAUGGGCUCAGGAUGUUCCUCUGGCUGGGAGGAAGCUCGCCACCAGAGCUGAUUCAAGGAAUAUUUAACGUGCCCUCCUUUACACAUAUCAACACAGAUGUAACAUCACUGCCUGAGGUGGGAAGUCCAUACUCUCAGAAACUCAGACUGAUCAUGAGUAACAUCCAACAGAAGAAGCCGUAUUCAAUGAAACUCACGAUCGUGAAGCAGCGCGAGCAACCAGAGAUAGCUUUCCGACAGUUCCUUGUGGAAGACAAAGGUCUUUAUGGAGGAGCAUCUUAUGUGGAUUUCCUUUGCUGCGUCCACAAAGAGAUCUGCCAGCUGCUGAGCUAAAAGAAACUGGCCUCUUCAUCCUUUGGCAUUUUCCUUUCUCCAAGGGGAUGAUUUCCCUUGAUCACUGUCCUGAAGGAUGCUUUGCAUUGGGCUUUCCUCAAGGCUUCCUUUCUGUACAGUUUCUGAUGUCUGAACCUACAUUGCUCAUCUUCUCUAUCUAGCAGUCUACAGAACCGUAAUCAGGUAUCCAGCCGAAGAUGGACGAGCUGGUCAGUCCUGAAAUAUAAGGAAAGACCCUAUUUCUGAUGGCAAAUUUUAAAAAACUGUCCAAGUCUAUGCAUUUCAUGAGGCAGAGUUUACAGGACUCAUUCUCAAUUCUUUCUUUUCUUCUCUAUUCCUAUAAAUUAUAAAGAUGUAUAGAUGUAUGGAGGGAGAGGAGUCUCUGGUGCCUUUCCCACUGAUGAUAUAGGAAGAAACCACCUUCAUUUUUAUAUGGUACUUAAUUUUGUAAAAAGACUUAUUUUUCCAUUUCAAACUCAUUUUAUCCAUUCAGUGGCAAACAUUUACAUAGCUUAGACUCUUGUAAAGAAUCUUGCAUCCAUUCAGCAACUUUUCAGAAUUUCAUAUUGCAAGUCGAACUUUUCUCCCCAUUCCUUAUUUUGUCCAGAAUUUGUCAAUGUUCUUACUGGUUCUUUGUACAAUUUUGAAAGUUUCUACCUGUAUGUAAAGAGAUCUUAACUGAUAGAGAUGAAUCACUUCAUGAGUCUUAUCCAUCAAAUAUAGGCAAGAUUAAGCAUUUUCUCAAAGUUAAAUACACCUUGGGAUUUAGAAAACAAGCAAGAGAGCAGCAGCCUGGCAAAGUGAAUAGAGCUGGCUCUGGACUAGCUGUGUGUGACCAAGACUUAGGUAAUUAAGAAGGUGCAGACCAGCACUAGUAGAGGAACUUUCUCCCUGGAACUGCCUCAACCGAUGAAAUCACAGAGCAAAAGAAAAGGCAAAGAAAGGAACAAAAAGUUAUUUGGAUGGGCAGACUUAUCAUGAAAGAAUGUGCUAGUCAUUUCUUUCAGAGCAGUAAGGGUCUAUAAUGAAAACAAACUCUUCUUUAAAACGUUGUUUUUCUUAAAUUCUAUCAACAAUUUUUUAAAAAUCCAUCACAAAGCCAAAAAAACCCUCAUUAUUAACAAUAAGGUUUGUUACUCCACCCAUUCCCCCCCAGGCCUACCAUUUUUAAUCCAGCAUUUACUCUCUUGGAACCUAACUGCCCCCUCUGCCCCAGUUGGAGCCAGAAUUCUACAUUAACUGGCUCUCUUCACCCCACUCAUGUUUAUUGGAUACAUGUGGAUGAGAGACCUCUACCAACCUGCCUCCCAGAUAAUGUGGAUGGAGCUCUGCUAGCCCUGAGGGAGCAGUCACAAAUUGAGCCUAUCCUACAUUCCAUGGAGAACCAUUUAAACUUCCAUUGCACAUCUUGUGCUGAAGGGACUUGAUUUUAAUCAUUAAGAUCUUCUGAAAACAUUUUCUCCAAACUCCAGAAGGAGAAUCAAGUUGCCUUCAGUUACUCCUUUGAUGAUAACAUCUCCUACUUUUUCCUGGACUGCAGCCCUUGUAACACCUCAGGCAUCUGCACUGCCUUCCUGUUUUGGGGUGCUGUGGCUGAUGUUAACAGGAACACGGGCUGCCUCUCUACCACCCUAACACAAGGCAGCUUCCUCCUUGUGGUAACCCAUCCCAACUCAAGCCAGCCACAGAGAAUAAGCCUUAACAGGUACUUGAUUAACUAAGGAGAGAAAAACAUUUGUUGUGUUAAGUGCAAUUCAUUAUGUACUAAAACCUAAGGAUUUUUACCAGCAGUUUAAAACAUAACCAAAAUGAAAUGAAAUGAAUUUUAUUAAAACAUUUUCAUCAUG